AUGUGCUGGGAAAAGCAAAUAAUCUACACAGACUGCCACCACAGCGUCUUCGAAGACAUAGACUGCGCAGACUACAAGACGCAACAGGCGCGCAAGCUCAACCCACACGACUCCAGCUUCACCUCCUCCUCCUCCGUCAACUCUGCCGGCUCUGCCCGCAAUCAUCAUCAUCAGCUCAACACCGGCAGCGCCAACAACGCCAAAAGAGCACGACGAACUCGCAACCCCCGCUCCCCGUGGGUGUUCCUCCUCUGUCUCUGCUUCCCCUGCCCCUCCACCCCCUCCACGCCGCCACCGCCACAAGCCCACGAAGAGUCCGGCGUCUGCCGCGGAAGGAAACGCUGCAUGAGUCCCGUCGGGGGAAAGUGCCCCCGUUGCGUCCAGGACAAGGCCGUCGCGGCGAUGCAGGCCGUUCCUCCGUCGACGCCGACGCUGGCGAGGACGCGGUAUCAGCAGCAGAGGCGUCCGGAGUUGGGGGGGAAUAAUGGUAUGAAUGAUACUUACGGAGUUCCAGGUGCUUCAGGAGAUCGAAAUCGGGGGCAGAAGGCCCCGCGGCGGGGGGAUAAUGUGCAUCGAUAUCAAGACUCCGGCGCUCCGGGCCAGCCGACGGGUGGUCACGAGGGGAACGGCACGAGGAGAGAUGGGGGGAACGCUGACGGCAGAAGUGGCGGAGGAGGUGUUGCUGGUGCAGUUGAACAUAGUUCAAGGGGUGGUAGAUCUCCGACGUCGCCGUGGUUCAAUAAGCGAUUUCACGACGCUCGCGGGGAGGAAGCCAGCCAGCAGCAGCAUUGUCGAGGAGAGCAGCAAGGCGCCCAGCAAGCACAUCUUCACCAGCGGCCUCAAGAGCAGCGGAUCCCGGUAAGUCACGAUGGACAACGACAGCAGCAACAGCAAUAUCAACUGCAAAAGAGACCAAGUGGUCUUACAUCGCCCCUUCCCACGCAGCCCGAGCCAAUACCCUCAUACGUCCGUGGAUCUACUUUCCACCUCGUCCCCGCGCCCCUGAAAAUCAAGAAGAAGAAAAGCAAACAAGUGACGCCCCCCCGUGCGGUAGAGGGGACGGCCGAUAUGUCCGAAGGGCUAACCCGUAGUUCGGCGAGCGUAGGCCGUCCUCUACAAGUGAACGCCACCCAUCAAACAGGAGAACAACGGAGCAGCCGGGAUCAGCAGCAGGGAGACCACCGCGCAGUAGUCAGCAACUCGGAGCCACGCAUCACAGAAGCGGAAUGUACCCCCGAGUUGCCACUGGAGGAGCUGAUGGAUGAGGUCGAGAUGCUGUGGCGGAGGGUCCCCAAUUAG